CACGCCCCCUCCCGUCUCCCGCCGCUGAUUGGCGCACGGAGCUCCGCCUUGGGUUUGGAAGGCUCUCCUGGGAGCUCACGCCCAACUCCGGCCGAGGAUUGGCGGUUCCGGGGCUGGGGAGCGCUUUCUCCCGGCAGCCGCUGCUGUGACCCAGGUGGCUCGGACCAGCUUGCGGCCGCGUGCGGCCCCCCUGGAGCAACCCGGUCCGUAGAUCGGCAGCCCGGCUCGGCGCUGCGGUGGGAGCCGGGGUGCCGCUGGGACACAACCGCCAGAUCCACUUAGGGCCCCGUCGUUCUGAGAAGCGGCCACAUCUGAGCUCCGGGGCCUCUUCGUGCUGGAGAUGUCGCCUUAGGAGCUCGGCCAGGAUACCGUCUCCCACGCUCUUGUGCUGCCCGUGAGCACUGCCUGGCCCUUGUGGGCACCUUCGCAGCAGGAAGCCCAGAGCUGCGCCCGCCCUUUCGGAAGGCUGUGGAAGGGGUUGGAGUGGGCGCAUCUUACCUUGUCUCAUCCCCAUUCGAGGUCUGUCGGAGCUUCCCUUCAGCGUGGUCUUGAAAACAGGAGGUGGGAUGACAUCUCAACACCGACCACUAUUCUAUAUGCUUUAUAUCUUCCUUCAGUCUUCAAAUGAAUCCUACAAAAGCAACCACAAUGGGGACCCCAGCCUCAGUGGUCAGUGAGCCACCACCUUGGCAGGCCCCAACUGAAGCCCGGGGCCGCAAGCAGGCCUCAGCCAACAUCUUCCAGGACGCCGAGCUGCUGCAGAUCCAAGGCCUGUUUCAACGCAGCGGGGACCAGCUGGCUGAGGAACGGGCACAGAUCAUCUGGGAAUGUGCAGGAGACCACCAUGUGGCAGAGGCCCUGAAGAGGCUGCGCAGGAAGAGGCCCCCAAGGCAGAAACCCCUUAGCCACUCACUACAACACUGCAGCCGGCUCAGAAUCCCAGAACCCCCCUCUCCACUGGCUGACCCACAGAGUGCCACGGAGACAGCCUCCAGCGAGCAGUAUCUGCACUCUAGGAGGACAAGUGCCAGGAUCCGCCGGAACUGGAGGAAGCCAGGCCCCACAAGCUACCUCCACCAGAUCAGACACUGAUCCAGGGAAAGAGCCAGGAAUGGCAGUAUCUUCCCUUUUACCACAGGGCCUUCAGAGGUGAAGAAGGAACAGACGGCUGCCACUGGCCUGCUCCGUUCAGAACAGAACUGGAUGCUUCUGCUGGGCCCUCCAUUAUGUGGGACCCAUUCCUCACCAAAAUGAGGAGAAACAGCGACUGUUCCUGCCUCGGCCCUUCUCAAUCUAACACUAUUCCUGGGCUGCAUGAUAUUCCCCUGGGAGCCAAGCGACAGACACUUGAUGCAGCAUUUCACCAUUCACGCUACUAUCUACCUGCUACUACUGUAAACCAUGGUUCCACCCGCACACCAUCAGGGUAGCACAGGGAAACCAUGGUUUAAGUGGCAAAUAAAAACAUUUGUAUCAAGA